AUGGGGAAUUCGUACGCAGGGCAGCUGAAAUCUGCUCGCUUCGAGGAGGCCCUCCACAACUCUAUCAAGGCCUCCCUACGCUCCAGCAGUGGAGACCCACAGCCCAUCUUCACCCAGCUAUACCUGGAGCCUGUCCAGUAUCCUGGCAACAUGGAGGGUGCGUCUCCCUGUCUCCCUGUCUGUCUGUCUGCAUUGCUCCAUUCUCUGUCCUCACCAAGGUUGUUAUGUAUAGAAACAGAACAAAACACUAACUAUAGCUAGCUGCCUCUUUCAUUAGUGGAUCAUAGUUAAUUGAAACACAUUGAAAAAAACUGCCAUCUCUGAUCAUGUUUAAUUAUGCUGAUGUUGACCAGUUAAAUGGCACUUAAGAAUCAAUCAUUCCAUAAUACCCGUACAGCAAGUCCAUGUCAUCUCAGUCAUUUAUACUGAACAAAAAUAUAAAUGCAAUAUGUAAAGUGUUGUUGGUCCCAUGUUUCAUGAGCUGAAAUAAAAGAUCCCAGAAAUGUUCCAUAUGCACAAAAAGCUUAUUACUCUCAAAUGUUGUGCACAUAUUUGUUUACAUCCCUGUUAGUGAUAAUUUCUCCUUUGCCAAAAUAAUCCAUCCACCUGACAGGUGUGGCAUAUCAGGAAACUUAUUAAACAGCAUGAUCAUUACAGAGGUGCACCUUGUGCUGGGAACAAUAAAUGGCCACCUGAAAAUGUGCAGUUUUGGCUGCAAAGAUGUCCACCAGAACUGUUGCCAGAGAAUAUAAUAUUUAUUUCUCUACCAUAAGCCGCCUCUAACUUCGUUUUAGAGAAUUUGGCAGUACGUCCAACCGACCUCACAACUGCAGACCACGUGUAACCACGCCAGCCCAGGACCUCCACAUCCGGCUUCUUCACCUGCGGUAUCGUCUGAGACCAGCCACCCGGACAGCUGAUGAAACUGUGGUUUUGCAUAACCAAAGAAUCUCUGCACAAACUGUCAGAAACCGUCUCAGGGAAGCUCAUCUGCGUGCUCGUCGUCCUCACCAGGGUCUUGACCUGACUGCAGUUCGGCAUCGUAAGCGACUUCAGUGGGCAAAUGCUCACCUUGGAAGGCCAUUGGCACGCUGGAGAAGUGUGCGCUUCACAGAUGAAUCCUGGUUUCAGCUGUACCGGGCAGAUGACAGAAAGCUUGAAUGUCAACGUUGUAAACAGAGUGCCCCAUGGUGGCGGUGGGGUUAUGGUAUGGGCAGGCAUAAGCUACUGACAAUGAACACAAUUGCAUUUUAUCGAUGACAAUUUCUGUGAAGAGAUCCUGAGGCCCAUUGUCGUGCCAUUUAUCCACAGCCAUCACCUCAUGUUUCAGCAUGAUAAUGCACGGCCCCAUGUCUCAAGGAUCUGUACACAAUUCCUGGAAGCUGAAAAUGUCCCAGUUCUUUCAUUGCCUGCAUACUCACAAGGCAUGAAACCCAUUGAGUAUGUUUGGGAUGCUCUGGAUUGACGUGUUCCACAGCGUAUUCCAGUUCCCGCCAAUAUCCAGCAACUUCGCACAGCCAUUGAAGAGGAGUGGGACAACAUUCCACAGGCCACAAUCAACAGCCUGAUCAACUCUAUGCGAAGGAGAUGUGUCGCGCUGCAUGAGGCAAAUGGUGGUCACACCAGAUACUGACUGGUUUUCUGAUCCACGCCCCUACUUUUUUUAAAGCUAUCUGUGACCAAAAGAUGCAUAUCUGUAUUCCCAGUCAUGUGAAAUUGAUAGAUUAGGGCCUAAUUAAUUUAUUUAAACUGAUUGAUUCCCUUAUAUGAACUGUAACUCGGUAAAAUCUUUGAAAUUGUUGCAUUUUGCGUUUAUAUAUUUGUUCAGUGUAGUUUUCUUGAAGAGAGGUGGACUUGAAUGUGGCCAUGUAAUGUGUUAUGGGUUCGUCCUUCUCUUGAAAAAGGCCUUGCAAAAUCUCCAAUCUCCAUCUCCUUGCUUUUGUAUGGCAUCUUCACUCCAAGAUAAUUUAAUGUGUUCAAUGAUGUGGUGUAUUUUGGCGACAUUGUGUCAUAGGUGGACAUUAUGUCUUAAAGAGUCAUUGUGUCUUACGGGGUCAUUGUGUCUUACGGGGUCAUUGUGUGUUAUGGGGUCAUUGUGUGUUAUGGGGUCAUUGUGUCUUACAGAGUCAGUGUGUCUUACGGGGUCAUUGUGUCUUACGGGGUCAUUGUGUCUUACGGGGUCAUUGUGUCUUACGGGGUCAUUGUGUCUUACGGGGUCAUUGUGUGUUAUGGGGACAUUAUGUCUUACGGAGUCAUUGUGUCUUACGGGGUCAUUGUGUCUUACGGGGUCAUUGUGUCUUACAGAGUCAUUGUGUCUUACGGGGUCAUUGUGUGUUAUGGGGACAUUAUGUCUUACGCGGUCAUUUGUGUUAUGGGGACAGAUAUAAAGCCCAAGGUGGACCUGUACCUGCCGUGCGGGGAGCCUCCGGGUCAGGAUCUGCUGAACGGCCAGGCCUCUAACGGUCUGGAGGAGAUGGAGGACGACAACGACUCUGACACCGGCAGCCCCCCGACACCCUACCUACAUGGCCCCUCGCCCGACGGCUGUUGCACAAUGGAUGGUAGGCCUUAAACAAUGUCAAACUCAUUUCACCCUGGGACUUUCUCAGAAGUUGAGAGACCCUAGGAUUCAAAUCCCUGUUAAAAAGCAUGUCUUAAGAACACAUCUUGUUAAUUCUCUCCCUAGGAACACCACGUUUGCAGCAAUAUUCACCUUAGUAUGUUCCAGUGUAAUGUAGACAUGUAGAUUACAGGCAGGGAACCCUUGUCAUGCAGGGCUCCUUGUAAAAGAGAGCUUGGUCUCAAUGGGACUCCACCCUGGCCUUCCUAAAAAAUAGGUGUGUGUGUGUGUGUGUUGGUUAUUGUUGUGGAUGUUUACUCCUGAGUUGAUUGGUGUUCUCUCUCUUCUCCUCAGGCUUCUGUCAGGCCGGUAAGGACCUCCGUCUGGUCUCCAUGACGACAGAGCCGAUCGAAGUCCCAGCUGGCUUCGAGUUGGUCGGUGCCAAGUCCCCCAGCAUCCCAGACCACAUCCUGGUGUGUGCUGUGGACCGACGCUUUCUGCCUGAUGAGAACGGGAAAAAUGCACUUUUAGGUCAGUCUGCCAUGCCUCUUUGACUUGAUACAAUACAAAGAUCAUGCACAGCCUAGGUCAGAGUUAAAGGAAAUUGAAUGCACUUUAGGCCUCUGAAAUGAAUGUCCUAUUUUACCCGCUCAGCUUGGAUGAGUCAUCUGAAGUGAUGUAUUUUUUCCACCGGCCGUACUGCUGCUUGCUACUACUUUUGAUUUCUGUUGCAUUCAGCAUUUGAUUCACCUGUGCUGUGCCGUCAUUUAAUGCAAUAUUUAGUAAGUGAAUUGAAUGACUUAUUUUUGGCUGUUCUGAUUUUUUUUUGGUUUAGCAAUAUUGACAUAAGACAAUAAUGUCUCCAUAUAAUCUGAAAUUAUGCAUACUUAUUGUGUAAAUGCCUACAGUUCCCAACUCAUGUUCUCUCUCUCUGUGUAUGGUGUGUGCAGGGUUUUCAGGGAACUGUGUUGGCUGUGGAGAGAAGGGGUUCCGGUACUUUACUGAGUUUUCCAACCACAUCAACCUGAAGCUGGCCACGCAGCCCAAGAAGCAGAAGCACUUAAAAUACUACCUGGUGAAGAACUGUCAGGAUGCUCUGUGCAAAGGACGCCUCAUCUGCUGGAAAGGUGAGAUUUGUAUUUUUGUAUUUGUAUUUAUUAAGGAUCCCCAUUACUUAAUGCCAAGGCAGCAGCUACUCUUCCUGAGGUUUAUUAAGGAUCCCCAUUACUUCCUGCCAAAGGCAGCAGCUACUCUUCCUGGGGUUUAUUAAGGAUCCCCAUUACUUCCUGCCAAGGCAGCAGCUACUCUUCCUGGGGUUUAUUAAGGAUUCCAAUUACUUCCUGCCAAGGAAGCAGCUACUCUUCCUGGGGUCCAAACACAUUAAGGCACUUACAUUACACAUCAACAAAAGAUAAAACAGUACAUCAUAUAACAUUAUUACACCACUACAUAUCUACAAUACAAAAUGUAUAAUACCACCAUACAACGUGAGAUGUCUCUCUGACUCUAUCUGCAUAUUUCACACUUUACAUUGAAUUGCUCUUAUACCUGUGUAGUAACACUGUAAUUACACUAGUAACAUUGUAUUGUUAUACAACAUUAAAUAAUGUUUCCUACUAAAUUAGUAAAUGCAUUAGAAUUGCAUAGUGUUUGUAGUUGAGCGGUUUCUGUAAUAUACACUACCGGUCAAAUGUUUUAGAACACCUACUCAUUCAAGGGUUUUCUUUAUUUUUACAAUUUUCUACAUUGUAGAAUAAUAGUGAAGACAUCAAAACUAUGAAAUAACACAUAUGGAAUCAUGUAGUAACCAAAAAAGUGUUAAACAAAUCAAAAUAUAUUUGAGAUUUGAGAUUCUUCAAAGUAGCCACCCUUUGCCUCUUGGCAUUCUCUCAACCAGCUUCACCUGGAAUGCUUUUCCAACAGUCUUGAAGGAGUUCCCACAUACACUUGUUGGCUGCUUUUCCUUCACUCUGCGGUCCGACUCAUCCCGAACCAUCUCAAUUUGGUUGAGGUCGGGAGAUUGUGGAGGCCAGGUCAUCUGAUGCAGCACUCCAUCACUCUCCUUCUUGGUAAAAUAGCUCUUGCACAGCCUGGAGGUUUGUUGGGUCAUUGUCCUGUUGAAAAACAAAUGAUAGUCCCACUAAGCCCAAACCAGAUGGGAUGGCGUAUCGCUGCAGAAUGCUGUGGUAGCCAUGCUGGUUAAGUGUGCCUUGAAUUCUAAAUAAAUCACAGACAGUGUCACCAGCAAAGCACCCCCACAGCGUAACACCUCCUCCUCCAUGCUUUAUGGUGGGAAAUACACAUGCGGAGGUAUUCUGUUCAACCACACCGCGUCUCACAAAGACACGGCGGUUGGAACCAAAAAUCUCAAAUUUUGACUCCAGAUCAAAGGACAAAUGUCCACUGGUCUAAUGUCCAUUGCUCGUGUUUCUUGGCUCAACCAAGUCUCUUAUUCUUAUUGGUGUCCUUUAGUAGUGGUUUCUUUGCAGCAAUUCGACCAUGAAGCCCUGAUUCACACAGUCUCCUCUGAACAGUUGAUGUUGAGAUGUGUCUGUUACUUGAACUCUGUGAAGCAUUUAUUUGGGCUGCAAUUUCUGAGGCUGGUAACUCUAAUGAACUUAUCCUCUGCAGCAGAGGUAACUCUGGGUCUUCCAUUCCUGUUUCAUCAUAGCGCUUGAUGGUUUUUGUGACUGCACUUGAAGAAACUGUCAAAGUUCUUGAAAUGUUAAUGUCUUAAAGUAAUGAUGGGACUGUCGUAUCUCUUUGCUUAUUUGAGCUGUUCUUGCCAUAAUAUGCACUUGGUCUUUUACCAAAUAGGGCUAUCUUCUGGGGCUAUAAUCUUUCUAUGACCCAUCAAUAUAUAAACAAAAAUGAUUAUUUAUUGAUUCACUGUUUCCAGGUCUAUUUAAAAAAGAAAAUGUAUUUCUACCCUCCUUUUCCCCAGACUGUAAAACGCGUCAGUUCUCCAUUAGCAGUGCGUCCACCUCCAAGCCCAACUCCUCAUCCUCCCUGAGCAUCAAGGAGAACGGAGGCACCAACAGACACAGCUCUUCCCCCUUCUCCCUCUCAGGUAGGACACACACACCCUCCUCUUCCCCCUUCUCCCUCUCAGGUAGGACAGACACACCCUCCUCUUCCCCCUUCUCCCUCUCAGGUAGGACACACUCAUGGCAGUCGACUCUGGCUCAGUUUAUAGGCUAGUUAGUGUUCAGUCAGUGUAAGAUCUAACCUGAUGUGUUAGACAGCUGUGCUGAUAUGCUCUAUUGACUUUAGCCUCCUAUCUCCUGAAUCCAACCUUGAGCUACAUCCUGCUCCCAGUGAGGUUGUCAUGCUCUGUCAGGGAAGGGUAGAGGUUUGACACAACACCCCCUCGCCUCUCCCUCCUCUGACCAAGAUGACAUCUGGCUGGAGUGGAUAGUGUCUGUUUGUUUACGAAGCAUUGUUUGGUUAAAGGGGAUGGUUAUGGUCUACUUGUUCUAAUGGAACAAUUGGAUUGAGUCAGUAUUGUUGAAGUGUUAGUGUGGUUUGGAGAGAUUUUGGUUAACGUCACUUGACAGGAUCCAUUCUAACACCCACCCUGUGUUCUUAUUGCCCUCCAGACUCCCCAUCUACCAGGAUUCCCCCUGCAUCCUCUGUGUUCUUCUCAGCCCAGGACCUGGCCCGAGAGUGCAGCUUCCUCAAGCCUCUGGCUUCUACCCCUGGGACCAACACUCUACCAAUAGGUUCAACUCUUCUUCUUCUCUUCUUCUACCACCACUGUUUCUGGAUGUUUUAAUCUACUGUAUGUGUGAUCACAUCUCCAUGGUAUAGUCAUCAUUCCCCCACAACGUCAGCUUUAAAGUGUUUUACACCAUGGUACAUCAUGCAUCAAUAAUAUCCAGUGAUAUUAUACAGACUGCCUCACAUGUGAUAGGCUUUAGUCCAGGUAUUUCUAAGGGUCAGAACAUAGCCUCGUGCAUGCGUGUGUGUGUGUGUGUGUGUGUGUCUCCAGUCAGUAGAAGAGGCUAAUCUACACUCCACAGCUCCAUCUGGCCUAUGAUUGGCCAUGUAAGCCAACAUGUUUCUAGGCAACAGCUCCUUCUCCUUCUCCUACUCAGACCAGGGCACAUAGCAGAAGUAAUGCCGCACGCACACACUCCUCAUCAAUAAUGAGCAGAAAAUCCCUGUAAUAACUUUUUAAGGGCUGGCUAUCCAUUAGCUCGUUUACAAGGUUGCAAUAUUGACAGGCCUGGGCUACACAUACUGUACCAAUCAAUGUGGUAGUGUAUAUGCACACAGAGUGAAUCUGAGAUUGGUAAGUGCCCCAUCAGUUCAUUGGCAAUAGGAAAUCAAUAGCUCAGUGUUAGGCGGGCCUAAAUCCUUCUUAUAAUGUAUAUUGCUCAGUCUCUGUAUAAGGAAGAUAUCUGUCAGGACGAUUGGUUUUCUUUUGUGAUUAUCAAACACGUAUCUCUUAUAUUUGUUUACUAUUUGUUUCCUAUAACAGAGGAAGAUAAACAUGCAUUUCACGUAUGGCAUCUCUCAAAAUGUCACGAUCGUUCAUCGACGGGUCAGACCAAGGCGCAGCGUGAUAUGCGUACAUGUUUAUUAAAUAUUAAACACAACGACAAAACAACAAACGAAACGUGAAGGCAACACAACAUACCUUAACUGGAACAAGAUCCCACAAUCCACUAGUGCCAAUAGGCUGCCUAAGUAUGGGCCCCAAUCAGAGACAACGAGCGACAGCUGCCUCUGAUUGGGAACCACACAGGCCAACAUAGAUCUAUACAUACUAGAAUGUACAACAUGGACAAACACAACAAGGAAAAUACACACCCUGACUCAACAUACAAGCGUCCUCUGAGUCAGGGCGUGACAGUACCCCCCCCCAAAGGUGCGGACUCCGACCGCACAACAUAAACAUAACUCGGAGGCGGAUCCGGCUCAGGGCGUGACGACCACUUACUCUCCGCCUCCCUGUUGCGCCCCUGGUCUGGUCUGGACCUCGGCACGCUGCUUCCCCUCUCCUUCCUCCCACGAAGCACCAAGCCCUGUCUGGACCCUGGUGUGGGAGACCCCGAACCUGGAGAGGGGCUGACGUCUGUGUCUGGACCGGAGCCGCUGACCGGAGCUGGACCGGGCUCCGGUGGAGUGGACUACACAGGCUCCGGACUGGAGCCGCUGACCGGAGCUGGACUGGGCACCGGUGGAGCGGACUGCUCUGGCUCCGGAGUGGAGCCGCUGACCGGAUCUGGACUGGACCCCGGUGGAGCGGAUUGCUCAGGCUCCGGAGUGGAGCAGCUGACCGGAGCUGGAUCAGGCACCGGUGGAGCGGACUACUCUGGCUCCGGAGUGGAGCCGCUGACCAGAGCUGGACUGGACCCCGGUGAAGCGGAUUGCUCUGGCUCCGGAGUGGAGCAGCUGCCGGAGCUGAACUGGGCACCGGUGGAGCGGACCGCUCUGGCUCCGGAGUGGAGCAGCCGACCGGUGCCGGACCAGGCACCGGUGGAACAGGCACGGGCCGUGCCGGACUGGCGACGCGCACCACUGGCUUGGUGCGAGGGACAGGAACAGGCCGGACCGGACUGGCGACGCGCACCACUGGCUUGGUGCGAGGGGCAGGAACAGGCCGGACCGGGCUGCCACUAUCUUGGUGCGAGGGGCAGGAACAGGCCGGACCGGGCUGGCGACGCGCACCACUGGCUUGGUGCGAGGGGCAGGUACAGGCCGGGCCGGGCUGGCGACGCGCACCACUGGCUUGGUGCGAGGGGCAGGAACAGGCCGGACCGGGCUGGCGACGCGCACCACUGGCUUGGUGCGAGGGACAGGAACAGGCCGGACCGGGCUGGCGACGCGCACCACUGGCUUGGUGCCAGGGGCAGGAACAGGCCCGGACCGGGCUGGCGACGCGCACCACUGGCUUGGUGCGAGGGGCAGGAACAGGCCGGGCCGGGCUGGCGACGCGCACCACUGGCUUAGUGCAGGGAACAGAAACUCGUCGUCGUCAUCCUCUGACUCCUCAGUAUAAUACUGUUCCCACUCCUCUUCAAGGUCGUAGGGACCCAAACUGAAAACCAACCGGGUGCAGUGGUCGGGGCUCUUCUCUCACGCUCCCCGACCACCCCUUUAGCCCCCCCAAAUUUUUUUAUUGGGGCUGUCUCUCGGGCUUCCUCCUCGACCGGCGUCCUCUGUGUUGCCGUUGCUCCUCUCCUGCCUGGGCAUCUACCUUCGCCCAUGGCCCUUUCCCCGCGAAUAUCUCUUCCCAUGACCACAAUUUGCCCACCUGUGACAUGGCAAUUCGCUCUUUGAUCUUCUGUCACGAUCGUUCAUCGACGGGUCAGACCAAGGCGCAGCGUGAUAUGCGUACAUGUUUAUUAAAUAUUAAACACAACGACAAAACAACAAACAAAACGAAACGUGAAGUCCAAGGCAGCACAACACAACAUACCUUAACUGGAUCAAGAUCCCACAACCCACUAGGACCAAUAGGCUGCCUAAGUAUGGUCCCCAAUCAGAGACAACAAGCGACAGCUGCCUCUGAUUGGGAACCACACAGGCCAACAUAGAUCUAUACAUACUAGAAUGUACAACAUGGACAAACACAGCAAGGAAAAUACACACCCUGACUCAACAUACAAGUGUCCUCUGAGUCAGGGCGUGACACAAAACACUGUCAAAAUGUUAUCUUAUCGAAUCAUCUGAAAAUGAACUGUGGUGAAAUGCAUCAUAACAGUGUAUGGUGUGUCUGUCUGUGUGUGUGUGUGUCUGUCUGUCUGUGUGUCUGUCUGUCUGUGUGUGUGUCUGUCUGUGUGUGUGUGUGUGACUGUGUCUGUGUCUGUGUGUGUGUCUGUCUGUCUGUCUGUCUGUCUGUCUGUCUGUCUGUCUGUCUGUCUGUCUGUGUGUGUCUGUGCAGUGCCCACGGUUCUGAGAGUGAAUGGUCCGACCAGCGGACUGGGUGCAGACGGCCGCCCCCCCUUACUGAGCCUCUCCCAGGUGUCUCUGGGAACCCAAGGACAGGGUUACAGAACCUCGGACCCAGGAGACAGCCCUGGUGAGCCCCAUGUUCUCGUCCCAAACCUCUGUGGCUUGUCUUUGUUGCUGUUUUAAACCCAAUUGAGUGUAACUCAACCGCACUAGCUCCUCGUUGGAGAUUACAGUUACUCAUAGAUUGCUAUUGUAGAUGCCCAGUGAAUGUUCUGGGGACCCAGAUUGUAGGUAUUCUGCAGUUCGUUCAUAUGUUCCUCUUGUGAUGUUUUCUGUCCAGUUUCGUCUGCCAUGACCUCAGGCCCGCCCAAGAAGCGCCACCGCGGUUGGCUCCCCAACCCCCUGGUGCCAGUCCUCCCUACAGCCGUCCCUGUGCCCGCCAUCCAACCCAUCGUCUCCUCCCCAGGUCUGGCACAGAUUAGUUUAGCGUGUCUCUCUCUGUCUGUAUGUGUGUGGGUGUGUGAGUGUGUGUGUGAUGUUGACUAGUACAUUGACCUCCCUUUUCAUGAAAAGGAAGGACACAAGGUCUGAGACAUUCUCUGUUGUCAGGGGUGAUUCAUUCAGCAUCUCCAUGGAGAUCGGGUCAGACAUGUUAGUGCAGAUACAGUAUGAACUGAAAGAGGUCUGCCAAGCUAGGAGAGCCAGGACACUGUGACUUUAAGGAGACAUAUAUUCCCUGGUUUUAUUCUGUAUACAGUGGGGGGGGAAAGUAUUUAGUCAGCCACCAAUUGUGCAAGUUCUCCCACUUAAAAAGAUGAGAGAGGCCUGUAAUUUUCAUCAUAGGUACACGUCAACUAUGACAGACAAAUUGAGACAUUUUUUCUCCAGAAAAUCACAUUGUAGGAUUUUUUAUGAAUUUAUUUGCAAAUUAUGGUGGAAAAUAAGUAUUUGGUCACCUACAAACAAGCAAGAUUUCUGGCUCUCACAGACCUGUAACUUCUUCUUUAAGAGGCUCCUCUGUCCUCCACUCGUUACCUGUAUUAAUGGCACCUGUUUGAACUUGUUAUCAGUAUAAAAGACACCUGUCCACAACCUCAAACAGUCACACUCCAAACUCCACUAUGGCCAAGACCAAAGAGCGGUCAAAGGACACCAGAAACAAAAUUGUAGACCUGCACCAGGCUGGGAAGACUGAAUCUGCAAUAGGUAAGCAGCUUGGUUUGAAGAAAUCAACUGUGGGAGCAAUUAUUAGGAAAUGGAAGACAUACAAGACCACUGAUAAUCUUCCUCGAUCUGGGGCUCCACGCAAGAUCUCACCCCGUGGGGUCAAAAUGAUCACAAGAACGGUGAGCAAAAAUCCCAGAACCACACGGGGGGACCUAGUGAAUGACCUGCAGAGAGCUGGGACCAAAGUAACAAAGCCUACCAUCAGUAACACACUACGCCACCAGGUACUCAAAUCCUGCAGUGCCAGAUGUGUCCCCCUGCUUAAGCCAGUACAUGUCCAGGCCCGUCUGAAGUUUGCUAGAGUGCAUUUGGAUGAUCCAGAAGAGGAUUGGGAGAAUGUCAUAUGGUCAGAUGAAACCAAAAUAGAACUUUUUGGUAAAAACUCAACUCGUCGUGUUUGGAGGACAAAGAAUGCUGAGUUGCAUCCAAAGAACACCAUACCUACUGUGAAGCAUGGGGGUGGAAACAUCAUGCUUUGGGGCUGUUUUUCUGCAAAGGGACCAGGACGACUGAUCCGUGUAAAGGAAAGAACGAAUGGGGCCAUGUAUCGUGAGAUUUUGAGUGAAAACCUCCUUCCAUCAGCAAGGGCAUUGAAGAUGAAACGUGGCUGGGUCUGUCAGCAUGACAAUGAUCCCAAACACACCGCCCGGGCAACGAAGGAGUGGCUUCGUAAGAAGCAUUUCAAGGUCCUGGAGUGGCCUAGCCAGUCUCCAGAUCUCAACCCCAUAGAAAAUCUUUGGAGGGAGUUGAAAGUCCGUGUUACCCAGCGACAGCCCCAAAACAUCACUGCUCUAGAGGAGAUCUGCAUGGAGGAAUGGGCCAAAAUACCAGCAACAGUGUGUGAAAACCUUGUGAAGACUUACAGAAAAUGUUUGACCUGUGUCAUUGCCAACAAAGGGUAUAUAACAAAGUAUUGAGAAACUUUUGUUAUUGACCAAAUACUUAUUUUCCACCAUAAUUUGCAAAUAAAUUCACUAGAAAUCCUACAAUGUGAUUUUCUGGAUUUUUUUUUCUCAUUUUGUCUGUCAUAGUUGAUGUGUACCUAUAAUGAAAAUUACAGGCCUCUCUCAUCUUUUUAAGUGGGAGAACUUGCACAAUUGGUGGCUGACUAAAAACGUUUUUUCCCCACUGUAUAUUCAGAGGAUAAAGGGCUGUAUAGAGUUUUGUUGAUGACCAUUCCACCUACAAACAUUGGACAUGGUUAUCUUCUAAUAAUGGAAACACUCAGAAAAAUCUACAGCAGAGGAGGCCAACCCUCCUCCUGGAGAGUUACAGUACAAGGUAUGCAGGCUUUUGCUCCAAUCCCAUUGUAAGACACUUGAUUUAGCCAAUCAAGGUCCUGGUGAGUAGUUCAUUCGUAGAAUCAGCUGUGCUAGAUAAGGUUUGGAGUCAAAGCCUGCUGGAGGGUAUCUUUCAAGGAGGAGAGUUGGUGCUGAGCUGAUGUCUAGCUGUAUUCUAAUCCCAGUAUUGACAUGUAUCUCUCUGUCUUUUCCACCAGGCUCUGUGCUGGCCAUGCCUACUCCUCAGCCACCUGUAGCAGGGGUCCUUCAUCCCCAACCUGUCACUGCCGGAGAGACUGUCAUCGUCCCCGACAACCUGCUCAACUUCUCAGGAGUCCGCCCUGUCAUCCUCAUCGGUACAAACCACCAUUAUUUGACUGACUGCAAUUUAAUUUAAUUUAAGUUAAUUGAAUUGACUCUGAUGUUUGGUUUGGCAGGGCAUGGUACGUUACCACACUUUGUGGGGGACAUUGUGGUGAGCCCCAUGCUAGCGAACUGCUAUAAGGGCAACCAGCUGACUGAGAAGACCCUGUCCAGUCUUGGACUGAACAGCAGCCAACUGCUCAGUGUGGAGACCGUAAUCCUCCUCACCCUGCAGUACCUGGCAAGGCUAGGUAAAGGCCUCAAAACACUCAUGCACUUGCACGCACAUGCAUGCAUACACAUUUAUACAUACAGUACCAGUCAAAGGUUUGGACACACCUACUCAUUCAAGGGUUUGUCUUUAUUUUUACUAUUUUCUACAUUGUAGAAUAAUAGUGAAGACAUCAAUACUAUGAAAUAACACAUAUGGAAUCAUGUAGUAACCAAAAAAGUGUUAAACAAAUCAAAAUAUAUUUUAUAUUUGAGAUUAUUCAAAUAGCCACCCUUUGCCUUAAUGACAGCUUUGCACACUCUUGGCAUUCUCUCAACCAGCUUCACCUGAAAUGCUUUUCCAACAGUCUUGAAGGAGUUCCCACAUAUGUUGAGCACUUGUUGGCUGCUUUUCCUUCACUCUGCUGUCCGACUCAUCCCAAACCAUCUCAACUGGGUUGAGGUCGGGGGAUUGUGGAGGCCAGGUCAUCUGAUGCAGCACCAUCACUCCUUCUUGGUAAAAUAGCCCUUACACAGCCUGGAGGUGUGUUGGGUCAUUGUCCUGUUGAAAAACAAAUGAUAGUCCCACUAAGCCCAAACCAGAUGGGAUGGCGUAUCGCUGCAGAAUGCUGUGUUAGCCAUGCUGGUUAAGUGUGCCUUGAAUUCUAAAUAAAUCACAGACAGUGUCACCAGCAGCCCCACACCAUAACACCUCCUCCUCCAUGCUUUACGGUGGGAACUACACAUGCAGAGAUCAUCCGUUCACCCACACCGCGUCUCACACGGCGGUUGGAACCAAAAAUCUCCAAUUUGGACUCCAGACCAAAGGACAAAUUUCCACGGUCUAAUGUCCAUUACUCGUGUUUCUUGGCCCAAGCAGGUGUCUUCUUCUUAUUGCAUUUAACAUUUAAGUCAUUUAGCAGACGUUCUUAUCCAGAGCGACUUACAAAUUGGUGCAUUCAACUUAGGAUAGCCAGUGGGACAACCACCCUUUUUCUUUUUUUUUAUGGGGGGGGGGUGGUAGAAGGAUUACUGUUAUACUAUUCCAGAUAUUCCUUAAAGAGGUAGGGUUUCAAGUGUCUCCGCAAGGUGGUCAGUGACUCUGCUGUCCUGGCGUCGUGGGGGAGCUUGUUCCACCAUUGGGGUGCCAGAGCAGCGAAUAGCUUUGACUGGGCUGAGCGGGAACUGUGCUUCCGUAGAGGUAGGGGGGUCUAGCAGGCCAGAGGUGGAUGAAGGUAGUGACCUCGUUUGGGUGUAGGGUCAGAUCACAGCCUGAAGGUAAGGAGGUGUCGUUCCCAUCACAGCUCCGUAGGCAUGCACCAUGGUUUUGUAGUAGAUGCAAGCUUCAAAUGGAAGCCAGUGGAGUGUGCGGAGGAGCGGGGUGACAUGAGAGAACUUGGGAAGGUUGAACACCAGACGAACUGCAGCGUUCUGGAUAAGUUGUAGGGGUUUAAUGGCACAGGCAGGGAGCCCAGCCAACAGCGAGUUGCAGUAAUCCAGACGGGAGAUGACAAGUGCCAGGAUUAGGACCUGUGCCGCUUUCUGUGUAAGGUAGGGUCGUACUCUGCGAAUGUUGUAGAGCAUGAACCUGCAGGAUCGGGUCACCGCUUUGAUGUUAGCGGAGAACGACAGGGUGUUGUCCAGGGUCACGCCAAGGUUCCUUGCACUCUGGGAGGAGGACACAAUGGAGUUGUCAACCGUGAUGGCGAGAUCAUGGAGCGGGCAGUCCUUCCCCGGGAGGAAGAGCAGCUCCGUCUUGCCGAGGUUCAGCUUGAGGUGGUGAUCUGACAUCCACACUGAUAUGUCCGCCAGACAUGCAGAGAUGCGAUUCGCCACCUGGUUAUCAGAAGGUGGAAAGGAGAAAAUUUAUUGUGUGUCGUCUGCGUAGCAAUGAUAGGAGAGACCAUGUGAGAAUAUGACAGAGACAAGUGACUUGGUGUAUAGAGAGAAUUGGAGAGGGCCUAGAACUGAGCCCUGGGGGACACCAGUGGUGAGAGCACGUGGUGCGGAGACAGAUUCUCGCCACGCCACCUGGUAGGAGCGACCUGUCAGGUAGGACGCAAUCCAAGAGUGAGCAGUGCCAGAGAUGCCCAACUCGGAGAGGGUGGAGAGGAGGAUCUGAUGGUUCACAGUAUCAAAGGCAGCAGAUAGGUCUAGAAGGAUAAGAGCAGAGGAGAGAGAGUUAGCUUUAGCAGUGUGGAGAGCCUCCAUGACACAGAGAAGAGCAGUCUCAGUUGAAUGACCAGUCUUGAAACCUGACUGGUUUGGAUCAAGAAGGUCAUUCUGAGAGAGAUAGCAGGAGAGUUGGCUAGAGACGGCACGCUCAAGAGUUUUGGAGAGAAAAGAAAGAAGGGAUACUGGUCUGUAGUUGUUGACAUUGGAGGGAUUGAGUGUAGGUUUUUUGAGGAGGGGUGCAACUCUCGCUCUCUUGAAGACGGAAGGGACAUAGCCAGCUGUCAAGGAUAAGUUGUUGAGCGAGGUGAGGUAAGGGAGAAGGUCUCCGGAAAUGGUCUGGAGAAGAGAGGAGGGGAUAGGGUCAAGCGGGCAGGUUGUUGGGCGGCCGGCCGUCACAAGUCGCAAGAUUUCAUCUGGAGAGAGAGGGGAGAAUGAAGUCAAAGGAUAGGGUAGGGCAGUGUGAGCAGGACCAGCGGUGUCAUUUGACUUAAUAAAUGUGGAUCGGAUGUCGUCAACCUUCUUUUUAAAAUGGUUGACGAAGUCAUCCACAGAGAGGGAUGAGGGAGGGGGAGGAGGAGGGGGAUUCAGCAGGGAGGAGAAGGUGGCAAAGAGCUUCCUGGGGUUAGAGGCAGAGGCUUGAAAUUUAAAGUAGUAGAAAGUGGCUUUAGCAGCAGAAACAGAGGAAGAAAAUGUAGAAAGUGGCUUUAGCAGCAGAAACAGAGGAAGAAAAUGUAGAGAGGUGUCCUUUAGUAGUGGUUUCUUUGCAGCAAUUCGACCAUGAAGGCCUGAUUCACACAGUCCCCUCUGAACAGUUGAUGUUGAGAUGUGUCUGUGACUUGAACUCUGUGAAGCAUUUAUUUGGGCUGCAAUUUCUGAGGCUGGUAACUCUAAUGAACGUAUCCUCUGCAGCAGAGGUAACUCUGGGUCUUCCAUUCCUGUGGCGGUCCUCAUGAGAGCCAGUUUUCAUCAUAGCGCUUGAUGGUUUUUGCGACUGCACUUGAAGAAACUUUAAAAUUUCUUUAAAUUUUCCGUAUUGACUGACCUUCUUGUCUUAAAGUAAUGAUGGACUGUCGUUUCUCUUUGCUUAUUUGAGCUGUUUUUGCCAUAAUAUGGACUUGGUCUUUUACCAAAUAGGGCUAUCUUCUGUAUACCCCCCUACCUUGUCACAACACAACUGAUUGGCUCAAACGCAUUAAGAAGGAAAGAAAUUACAUGAAUUAACUUUUAAGAAGUCACACCUUUUAACUGAAAUGAAUUCCAGGUGACUACCUCAUGAAGCUGGUUGAGAGAAUGCCAAGAGUGUGCCAAGCUGUCAUCAAGGCAAAGGGUGGCUAUUUUAAUAAUCUCAAAUAUGAAAUAUAUUUCGAUUUGUUUAACACUUUUUUGGUUACUACAUGAUUCCAUAUGUGUUAUUUCAUAGUUUUGAUGUCUUCACUAAUAUUCUACAAUGUAAAAAAUAUUUAAAAUAAAGAAAAACCCAUGAAUGAGUAGGUGUGUCCAAACUUUUAACUGGUAGUGUAUGUGCAGGCACGCACACACACGUACACACACACCCUGUAUUUUUAAUCAUACGUCAAGACUAAUGAUUGACAGGCUAAGCUCAGCCAAUGCCUGGUUUUUUUAAGUUUGGUAACACCAUAGAGAAUGACAGAGGACUCUAGUACCCAAAAGACAGGCUUAGCAUGGGCAGCACCAUUUAGGAUUUUCACUAUUUUGAAGAAGUCAACUGGGUGGGACUUCCUAUGGGUUAAAGAAGGAUCACAUAAUUCCAUCCAGGUCAUCAGGAGGGAUCAGCCAAUGAAUUACACUCGUGAGCAAACAUUCCAUAACUGCAGGUGGCAGUAAAUCGCCAACCUUGGCUUUAUACCUGUUCAAACAACACACUCCAGGGGGCUGUAUGCACCCUUUCAGUUUUUUUACCAACUCAUAGAAGUAGUAGAAGAAGAACAUUGACUAGUUCAAAAUGGAGAUGGCUUCAAUGUCGCUCCCGUGCUCUCACAGACACCAUAAUGAGACAGAUACCGUGUUGUGUCUUCUAACUAAACUAUAUAUACAAAGUAUGUGGACACCCCUUCAAAUUAGUGGAUUCAGCUAUUUCAGCCACACCGGUUUCUGACCGGUGUAUGAAAGCAAGCACACAGCCAUGCAAUCUCCAUAGACAAACAUUGUCAGUAUAAUGGCGUUAACUGAAGAGCUUCAGUGCUUUCAACCCCAAGGAUGUCGUCUAGGAGCAACAACGGCCCAGCCGUGAAGUGGUAAGCCACACAAGCUCACAGAACGGGACUGCCGAGUGCUGAAGCGCGUAGCGUGUAAAAAUCGUCUGUCCACGGUUGCAACACUCACUACCGAGUUCCAAACUGCCUCUGGAAGCAACGUCAGCACCAUAACUGUUCGUCGGGAGCUUCAUGAAAUGGGUUUCCAUGAUCGAGCAGCUGCAAACAACCCUAAGAUCACCAUGCGCAAUGCCAAGUGUUUGCGUGAGUGGUGUAAAGCUCGCCGCCAUUGGACUCUGGAGCAGUGGAAACGCGUUCUCUGGAGUGAUGAAUCACAUUUCACCAUCUGGCAGUCCGACGGACGAAUCUGGGUUUGGCGGAUUGCAGGAGAACGCUACCUGCCCGAAUGCAUAGUGCCAAAUGUUUGGUGGAGGAGGAAUAAUGGUCUGGGGCUGUUUUUCAUGGUUCGGGCUAGGCCCCUUAGUUCCAGUGAAGGGAAAUCUUAACGCUACAUCAAACAAUGACAUUCUGGACGAUUCUGUCCAUCCAACUUUAUGGUAACAGUUUGGGGAAGGCCCUUUCCUGUUUCAGCAUGACAAAGCCCCCGUGCACAAAGCGAGGUCCGUACAGAAAUGGUUUGUUGAGAUCAGUGUGGAAGAACUUGAUUGGCCUGCACAGAGCACUGACCUCAACCCCAUCGAACAGCUUUGGGAUGAAUUGGAACGCUGACUGCGAGCCAGGCCUAAUCGCCUGGUAGUUGGAUCCCCAUCCUCCUUUGUAACUCAAAGUGCUCCAUCACUGCUGCUGCUCCACUUACUGUCACUGAUGCACUUUAAUGGCUCCAAAUAACUAGCAUGACCUUGAGUUGAACAUCUUUUUCACAUUAUACAAACAUAAGAGCAAUGCUUCAUUUGUAAAUCAGGAGGUGCCGGAACAGAAAGUGAGUGUGAGAGGGGGGUGACCUGGGAGCUCUGAGGUACCGGAACGCAUGAGAAAAAAUAAUCACCUUUAUAGGCUAAUAAAGCAUUGCAUGCAUAUCAUCGCAUUUGCGUAGAGACAUAGAGCAGAUGUUGCACACAUGGAGAACAUUUUUAGUAGCCUAGGGUUCGGGAAAAAUGGGGCCUUUUAUAAACGCAUUUCAUGCAAUUCUGCGUAAUUUUACAUGACUGGAGACUUGCAGAAUCUUUAAUACCGCACAAAUUAUCACAUUGACAGGCUACUUUGACACUGAAUCAAAUCAAAUCAAAUUUUAUUGGCCACAUGCGCCGAAUACAACAGGUGCAGACAUUACAGUGAAAUGCUUACUUACAGCCCUUAACCAACAGUGCAUCAUACCAACAACAAAAAAGUGUUGAGGAAAAAAAGAGCAGAAGUAAAAUAAAAUAACAGUAGGGAGGCUAUAUAUACAGGGGGGUACCGGUGCAGAGUCAAUGUGCGGGGGCACCGGCUAGUUGAGGUAGUUGAAGUAAUAUGUACAUGUGGGUAGAGUUAAAGUGACUAUGCAUAAAUAAUUAACAGAGUAGCAGCAGCGUAAAAAUAUGUGGUGGGGGGCAGUGCAAAUAGUCUGGGUAGCCAUGAUUAGCUGUUCAGGAGUCUUAUGGCUUGGGAGUAGAAGCUGUUGAGAAGCCUUUUGGACCUAGACUUAGCACUCCAUCAAUAGCCUAGGUGUGUGGAGACACUGUAGGCUACAAUAUGAGGAGGAAAUUAUAGUCAUUAAAAUGCUUUCCAGUUUCACAUAUUUUGCUAACCUACAGCAGACAGAUUAGUCUUCUCUUUUCAGCAGGAGGCAUUUGCUUUCCAACCUGUGUUUUCCCGCGAUUGUAUUUAAAAUGGUUUUUUAAAAAAAUCACUGACAGAUUUGCCGUGCGUUCCCAUCUGUAGGCUAUACCUUGUUAUUGGAAUAUACACAAUCCACAGCUAGGCCAUUUUUAAAAUAAGUUAUUGAUUCUCUGUGGCUAAAUUAUAGGCCUUCUCAUGGUGUAGUAGGCUAUUCUGUAUUAUUUCAUUUAUUUCUGAACAGACAGCAGUAAUUCUAUAACUUUGGCUAAUUUAUUUCAAUUUAUCAGGGUUGCUGCAGCUCCAGAAAAGAAAUGAUAAAGUGCAACGCUCAUAGAAAGUUAAUUUAAUUAUAGUUCUGUGAGGGAUACAGGCAUUCUUCUCACACAGCCAUGGCCACGCGUUGGUUUCAAACAUAGGUUGCAAUGUUGCGCAAACCAUAAGCCCGGGCCGGCCCAACCCGAAUCAUCUCUUCGAAUAUCAGGCCCGGGCUGAAAAUCUACUUUUGGUUUAACGAAGAGGCAACUUUUAUUAUAAUUUGUACAUUGCAAAAAGUGAAAAUUAUUUUUCAGGCCAUGAGAGGUACCGGAUCCAGUCAAAUAGGUUCCGGAACAAAACAGUCCAAAACUGAGAGAUGCCCGAUCCGGCUCAAAUUAAGCACUGCAUAAGACCACCAUCGCCUGCAAAACAAAUAGCAAGUAGACAUUUGAUAUAUAUAUAUAUAUAUAUAUAUUUAUUUCCUAUCUUCUCUUCUCUACACUUCUCCUCUCCUCCUAUCUCCUCCCCCCACCCUAGAUUCGGAGCAGAUCCCUCUGAGGGAGGUGUUUGAGCAGAUCGUGCUGAAGGCCAUGUUAGUUUGUCCAGGAGGUCCCUCUAUCUCCCCGGCCCAGCUGCCCUGGCUAGCCCGCCUGGAGGCCAGCGUCUCUGGGGGCAGCGUUCAGGUCCUGGUCACCCACAACUCCCUGGGGGAGGGCAUCUCCGAGUCCCUGCGCUCACUCUGCGACGUGCCGCCCCACCAACAGUGCCUGCCCACCUACGUGGUUAUUGUGUUUGCCUCCGAGAUGAGCGGCAACGAGUUCUGUGUGCUCGUGCUGGGUGAGUGUUCUCAUGCUGUCCGUACACUACAAUACCUAGAUGUGGUGUGUCUGUAUAGUUAUAACAGGGUUCCCCAACUGGUGGUCCACGGGCCGAAUUUGGCCCAUGGGUGAUUUGAUUUGGCCCCCCAAAUUUUCGGAGAUACAUUCUUUUAUGUAUUUGUUGGACAUUACAAGACUGUAAAAACACUAGCAAAUCAGCUCCAAGUGAUUUUAAUUUAACAAAUCUGUUCCAAAGUAUUCCCAAGCAUAAUAAAGAGAUAUAUGUGAUCGUAUACAAAUGUAAACAAGUUUUGAAAUAAUUAUGUUUUAGUUAAAUAUUACUUAUUUUUGGGCUACUUGUGGUCAAUUUGCAGUCUUAAAAUUAUUUGUAAUUAUGUUCCGGCCCACUGACCAUCCACUCUAGAAAGAAUUGGCCCGCAGCUGAAUCUAGUUGAUGAUCCCUGAUUAAUAGCGUACCAAUGGAAGUAAUUACAGUAGGUGAACCUUGUCUGAGACCUGAAGUCUUGCGUCAGCUCCCAGUGCUGAGGCUUUAGCUCUGCGGGCUGAAACAGUCUUACGGCGCAAAGGACACUCUGGCUCGUUCACACUUGUCUGUAUGUGUCUUACAGGGAAGUACCAGGCGAGAGCGCUAGCUGAGGGGAUGCUCACCACCAAUGAGUUCCUGAAGGAGAUCAGCUACGAGCUCAUAACAGGGAAAGUCAGUGUCCUGGAGUCUAACUUCAAAACCACAUCACUAGGUGAGCAUAGUAAGUGACAUGGGACAGGACAUCAACGGAAAGCACUCAAAGAUCAUUUCUACUCUAUUUUCUCGUUUUUUUGUUGGAGUAAAAGUAAUUAUUUAGGUAGUCCAUUUAAUUAAUUAAUGAAUCAAUUAAUCAAACAAACAUGAGCUGUGUUACAAAGACAUCAAGGACAAUGUUUAUUUUAGUGUCAGCAUGAAAACCACCACAAUCUAGGUCCCAUAUUAUUCUGUUUAUGUAUCUUUUCCCAACGGUGCAUAAUCACCUUCCUUAAUGCCCACUGGCCCAUCCCUACUGCUUUGUUUAGGAAAUACCCUGAACUGGCAGUUAGGCAGUCACAGGACUGAAACGGGACACUGUGCCACAGACAGACAAAUCAAUAUUUGAUGAGGAGGUUUUGCUUAUGUAGCUGCUGUGUGUGUGUGUGUGUGUGUGUGUGUGUGUGUGUGUGUGUGUGCGCGCGUGCGUGUCUGAGUGUCUUUGUCUCUGACUGGUGGUGGCCUGUUGUGUUGUUCUUUCCAGGGCACAACCUGGACAAGCAGCUGGUACAUAUCCAGCGGCUACGGAAGGGCCAGGUCAUCCAGCCCUUCCAGGGCGAUGUCACCGACCACAUCCAGUCCCAGGUGGCAGCCACCAUGGUACCUCCCUCCGAGUCAGGUGAGGCACAGCCUCUUUCUGGCCCUUCCUCUGUCUCCUCCUCCUCUUCUUACUGGAGACUCACUAUGAAGCUUCUGGAUCAGAAUAUGGAUGGAUAGAUAUCAUAAGCUACUGUAUACAGUGCAUUCAGAAAGUAUUCAGACACCUUGACUUUUUCCACAUUUUGUUACGUUACAGCCUUAUUCAAAAAUUGAUUAAAUUGUUUUUUCCCCUCAUCAAUCUACAUACAAUACCCCAUAAUGGCAAAGCAAAAACAAUUUUUUAGAUUUUUUUGCAAAUGUAUGAAAAAAAUAUCACAUUUACAUAAGUAUCCAGACCCUUUACUCAGUACUUUGUUGAAGCACCUUUGGCAGUGAUUACAGCCUCGAGUCUUCUUGGGUAUGACGCUACAAGCUUGGCACACCUGUAUUUGGGGAGUUUACCCCAUUCUUCUCUGCAGAUCCUCUCAAGCUCUGUCAGGUUGGAUGGGGAGCGUCGCUGCACAGCAAUUUUCAGGUCUCUCCAGAGAUGUUCGAUCGGGUUCAAGUCCGGGCUCUGGCUGGGCCACUCAAGGACAUUCAGAGACUUGUCCCGAAGCCACUCCUGCGUUGUCUUGGCUGUGUGCUUAGGGUCGUUGUCCUGUUGGAAGGUGAACCUUCGCCCCAGCCUGAGGUCCUGAGCGCUCUGGAGCAAGUUUUCAUCAAGGAUCUCUCUGUACUUUGCUCCGUUAAUCUUUCCCUCGAUCCUGACUAGUCUCCCAGUCCCUGCCGCUGAAAAACAUCCCCAAGGCAUGAUGCUGCCACCACCAUGCUUCACUGUAGGGAUGGUGCCAGGUUUCCUCCAAACGUGACGCUUGGCAUUCAGGCCAAAGAGUUCAAUCUUGGUUUCAUCAGACCAGAGAAUCUUGUUCCUCAUGGUCUGAGAGUCCUUUAGGUGCCUUUUGGCAAACUGUCAUGUGCCUUUUACUGAGGAGUGGCUUUCGUCUGGCCACUCUACCAUAAAGGCUUGAUUGGUGGAGUGCUGCAGAGAUUGUUAUCCUUCUGGAAGAUUCUCCACAGAGUAACUCUAGAGCUCUGUCAGAGUGACCAUCGGGUUCUUGGUCACCUCCCUGACCAAGGCCCUUCUCCCCCGAUUGCUCAGUUUGGCCGGGAGGCCAGCUCUAGGAAGAGUCUUGGGGGUUCCAAACUUCUUCUAUUUAAGAAUGAUGGAGGCCACGGUGUUCUUGGGGACCUUCAAUGCUGCAAAAAUUUCUAGAAACCUGUUUUCGCUUUGUCAUUAUAGGGUAUUGUGUGUGGAUUGAUGAGGACAUUUUUUUAUUUAAUCAAUUUUAGAACAAGGCUGUAACAUAACAAAAUGUGGAAAAAGUCAAGGAGUCUGAAUACUUUCCGAAUUCUCUAAAUUUCCAGUAUGCUGACCUGAAUGUUCCUCCCCCCUCCCCCUCCCCCUCCAGAGCUGCUGAGUGAGAUGUUUCAGAUCCACCCUCCCCAGCUGAGUGAGAUGUUUCAGAUCCACCCUCCCCAGCUGAGUGAGAUGUUUCAGAUCCACCCUCCCCAGCUGAGUGAGAUGUUUCAGAUCCACUCUCCCCAGCUGAGUGUAGCCAGGAGCCUGCUCUCCCUGGUGUGUUCCAUAGCAGACUCAGGCAGCCAGAGUCUGGACCUGGGACGCUUCUGCAAGGUGGACUUCCUGAUUCUGGUUCCUCCGUCUCACGUCCUGGUGAACCAGACCGCUCAUCGCAUCCGACAAUCAGGUACUCAUGAGGGGCAAAUUUAAAGGCUGCACUGGCAGUACAAUGGAUUGAAAAAUCUAAUUUUUAGGUGGUCGUCUCCAAGAGGCCCAUGUCAAGACUACAGUAUAUUUGCCUUUUAUGAGCUUUCUUAGUAACGAUUGUUGGACUUUUAGUCAUCUCUUUCUGCCUGUCUCUAACAGGAGUGCUUGUGGACCUGGGUAUGGAGGAUGCUUCCUCAGCCCACCAGAGGUCAGACAAGUACGUGGUGCGUCUAGACGGAGACUUCCACACCAAGAUGGAGGCCUUCAUGAGGAAAGUCAAACAGAACCCCUACACCCUGUUCGUCCUCAUCCACGACAACUCCCACGUGGACCUGACCAGGUAACACACACACACAUGCACACACACACAUUUGAGUAAACUUGAAGUUCUGGUGCUGACACUGUUGGUUCUGACAGAUGAAAUUAAAUGAAACUUUGCUAUCGCUAAAGGGUCGGUCCUCGGCUGCACAGUGUACUGAAUAAGAACAGAACAGCCCAAGCCAAGACAGAACAAGUAAAGAAAAGAGCAGAGGCUUAUUUUUAGUAAUACAUAUAGAACAGGACAGAACAACUUACCCCAAGGUAACUUAAUUUUCGUUUCCCCUCCCUGUGUAGUGCCCUGUGCGGCUCGGUGUGCCACGGGGAGCUUCAGGGUCUGGCUGACAAGGUGGUAAACUGCCAGGAGGUCCUGGAGGCCUUGAACCUGCUGGUGCUGCAGGUCAGCUGCUUCCCCUUUGCCCUGCAGACAAGACAGUCCCGCAUCAGUGUUCACAACGAGGUGCACUGGCCAGUCAACACAGACAGCCUGGUGAGUGGCCCUACGCCAUCUGGUGGCACCUACAGUACCGGUCAAAAGUUUUAGAACACCUACUCAUUCAAGGGUUUUUCUUUAUUUUUACAUUGUAGAAUAUUAGUGAAGACAUCAAAACUAUGAAAUAACACAUAUGGAAUCAUGUAGUAACCAAAAAAGUGUUAAACAAAUCCAAAUAUAUUUUAUAUUUGAGAUUCUUCAAAUAGCCACCCUUUGCCUUGAUGACAGCUUUGCACACUCUUGGCAUUCUCUCAACCAGCUUCAUGAGGUAGUCACCUGGAAUGCAUUUCAAUUAACAGGUGUGCCUUGUUAAAAGUUAAUUUGUGGAAUUCAUUUCCUUCUUAAUGCGUUUGAGCCAAUCAGUUGUGUUGUGACAAGGUAGGGGUGGUAUACAGAAAAUAGCCCUAUUUGGUAAAAGACCACGUCCAUAUUAUGGCAAGAACAGCUCAAAUAAGCAAAGAGAAACGACAGUCCAUCAUUACUUUAAGACAUGAAGGUCAGUCAAUCCGGAACAUUUCAAGAACUUUUAUAGUUUCUUCAAGUGCAGUCGCAGAAAACAUCAUGCGCUAUGAUGAAACUGGCUCUCAUGAGGACCGUCACAGGAAUGGAAGACGCAGAGUUACCUCUGCUACAGAGGAGAAGUUCAUUAGAGUUACCAGCCUCAGAAAUUGCAGCCCAAAUAAAUGCUUCACAGAGUUCAAGUAACAGAUACAUCUCAACAUCAACUGUUCAGAGGAGACUGUGUGAAUCAGGGCUUCAUGGUCGAAUUACUGCAAAGAAACCACUACUAAAGGACACCAAUAAUAAGAAGAGACUUGCUUGGGCCAAGAAACACGAGCAAUGGACAUUAGAAAUUGGAGAUCUUUGGUUCCAACCGCCGUGUCUUUGUGAGACGCGGUGUGGGUGAACGGAUGAUCUCUGCAUGUGUGUUUCCCACCGUAAAGCAUGGAGGAGGAGGUGUUAUGGUGUGGGCGUGCUUUGCUGGUGACACUGCCUGUGAUUUAUUUAGAAUUCAAGGCACACUUAACCAGCAUGGCUACCACAGCAUUCUGCAGCGAUACUCCAUCCCAUCUGGUUUGGGCUUAGUGGGACUAUCAUUUGUUUUUCAACAGGACAAUGACCCAACACACCUCCAGGCUGUGUAAGGGCUAUUUUACUAAGAAGGAGAGUGAUGGAGUGCUGCAUCAGAUGACCUGGCCUCCACAAUCCGCCGACCUCAACCCAAAUGAGAUGGUUUGGGAUGAGUCGGACGGCAGAGUGAAGGAAAAGCAGCCAACAAGUACUCAGCAUAUGUGGGAACUCCUUCAAGACUGUUGGAAAAGCAUUCCAGGUGAAGCUGGCUGAGAGAAUACCAAGAGUGUGCAAAGCUGUCAUCAAGGCAAAGGGUGGCUAUUUGAAGAAUCUCAAAUAUAAAAUAUUGUUUAACACUUUUUUGGUUACUACAUGAUUCCAUAUGUGUUUAUUCAUAGUUCUGAUGUCAUCACUAUUAUUGUACAAUUUAGAAAAUAGUAAAAAUAAAGAAAAACCCUUGAAUGAGUAGGUGUUCUAAAACUUUCGACCGGUAGUGUAUAUGGAAUUGCAUUUACAUUUGAGUCAUUUAGCAGACACCUUUACCAAGAGCGACUUGGUCAGUCCAUUCAACUAAGGUAGGAAAACAAACACAUAUCACAAUCGUUGCAAGUAAAAACUUCUAAAUGGCCGCACAAAUAAUGGGGGUAGAAUAUUGUUCCAUCACUGAGACAACAAAUGUAAAAAUAAAUGAACAGACACAGAGAACAGUCAGUUUGCUUUGACAUUAGCUGAUGUUCCUGUGUUUUACCCGUAGGGGGAGCUCUCUCCUAAGGAGCUAGUGUACUUUGGCCUGAGGGACUACAGCAGCUCUCUGCGGUGGGGGGUGGCCAGUCCCAUCCUGCGCUGUGACGAUGCCUUCGAGAAGAUGGUCAACACGCUGCUGGAGAGGUCAGUCAGUCACUCUGUGUCAGAGGUCAAAUAAUCUCUUGGGAGGUUUAAGGUCACAUUUCAGGCUGAUAGUCUAUGUGAGAGGCAAUUCCUCUCUUCCUCUCUGUCACACACCCUCUGUGUCAUAAAAGUAAAACAUAUUGAUACAUUUCAUACAAUUUCUUUUAUUUUUGCAACCAUUUCUUACAUAUCAAUGAUUUGAACAAUUUAAGGAAAAUUGAAGUUUAUGUUCAGGGUCAUCAGAAAGUCCAUGCUUGGCUUGACCAGUUCCCCAAAAAGCUGCUAAGCCAGUUCACCUGGACACCAAACCUGCCUUAAAACGACUAACACCACCACCUCUCCAUUCCUGGUUGCAGACAUCCCCACCUACACAGCAUGGUGAUCAGGAGCUACCUGUUGAUCCAGCAGUACACGGAAGCAAUGAUGGCUCUGACCUCCUCUCCUUCUCUACGGGACCACAUCACCCCCGAGACCCUGGCCAUGGUGGAGGAUCUGAUCAGUGCCCCGGGCCGGGAGGGGACCAGGGGCCGGGGCCACAUGCUGCUGGUCCGGGUGCCCUCUCUGCAGCUAGCCAUGCUGGCCCGGGAGCGCCUGGAGGACGUCAGGGACAAGCUGGGUCUCCAGUUCUGCUUCGCCGUACUGCUGGGGAGCCCUGCCGCCGAGCUCAGCCUUCCACGACACUUCGCUAACCGACUCAGGGUGAGAUAACUUGGGGUCAUACUUUUUUGGGAUAAUUUGGAUAGUCCAUCUGUAGAUGCUCUACGGAUGGUAAUAGUAUCAAUAAACUAUCUGUUGAUAAGAAACUGCUUGCUAAGGUUACGGUUAGGGUUAGGUUUAGAAUAAGGGUAAGGGUUAAGGUUAGGGCUAGGGUUAGGGUAAAGUUUAAGUUUAGGCUAAGGAUAAGGGUUUAGGUUAUGGUUAGGGUUAGGGUUAGGGUUAGUAGAUAGUUUAAAUGUUACUGAUAGUGUGUAGAUAGUCUGUAGAGCAUCUACAGAUGAACUAUCCAAAUAAAGUGUUACCUAACUUGUUUUUCAUUUGGCCCCAAAACGUUUCUAACUGUGUGUUGUGUGUUGUGUUGUUGCUGCAGGCCUGGCAGGGCUGUGAAAGUGAGGACUGGGUCCCUCAAACCUAUGAGGAUCUGGAGGGUCUUCCCUGCGUCGUCAUCCUCACUGGAAAAGACCCUCUGGGAGAGACCUUCCCAAGGUGCUCAACUCAAACACAUCACAUUUGCCACAGUAGUACUGAUAUUAUUGUAGUACUGAUAUGAUGACAGCAUAUUACCAAUUUGGGUAACACUUGAAGUUGCUCUUCAACCUGUAUAGUAAUGUUGUAAUAACGCUAGUAAUGCAAAGUGCUACCCAAUUUGGAUACCUUGUCCAAAUGGUCAUCACCAUCUUGUAAAAAAGAUUUCUCGUCUAUUGGAUUGACUUGGUAAACUGUUGAAUCCCCCACAUCACCUUUCCUAUAUUUUCCCAUUAUAGGUCCCUGAAGUACUGUGAUCUGCGUCUGAUCGACUCCAGCUACCAGACACGUACGGCCCUGGAGCAGGAGGUGGGUCUGGCCUGCUCCUACGUGUCCCUAGGGAUGGUGCAGGAGCCCCACAGGGCUAUGGCCCCCAGGGACCAAGAGACAGAAAAGACCAACGGCCCCCAGGGCCCAGACCUAGAGCUUCACGUGGACCUGGAGAAGCCCCAGAGCAAUGUUAGCACUGCUACUAAAGCCUCCGGUAGGUCCCUGGACAACAGACUCAACAUGUUUAGGGAAUGUAGUGAUGGUGUUACAGUUGGAAAGCGUUUAUGAAACAGUUGUGAUGAAAGACUGUUCUGAACUCUCUCUCUCCCCAUCCUAUUCCUUUCCCUUCCUCAGGCUCUCUGGCAGAGAACGGGGUCAGCUCUUCUGAAGUCCCUGACUCCUCCCAGAAGCCCUCCACCUCCUCCUGUCCCCCCGGAGGCAAGGCAGGCAGCAUCAUGAUGGACUACAGGACAGGUCUGGGCACGACCUCAUCCUCCCCCUGCCGGGUCAAACAGGAGUGUGACUCCCCGGGUAAUGUCGCCCCCCGCCCCUCCAACGCCCCUCCCUCCUGCUCCUCCUCUUCCUCCUCCCUCUCCUCUUCCUCUACCCAGCGCCCCAGCCAGUCCACGCAGUGUGGCCGGGGCAGCAAGUCACCUCGAGUCUCUCCCCGGACUGUCAUACUGUCCCGCGCGGCCUACAGCCUCCUGGCUGGAGAAUCAGGGAGCCAGCUGAGCUCCUUCUCCCUGCUGCCUCACGCCGAUGUGAGCUGGAGCAGCCCGCUGAGGCCCCUCUUCACACCUAACCUCCAGAGGGCAGAGCAGAGCCUCUUCUACAGACAGUGGACUGUAGCCAGGCAGCACCAUGCCGACCACGAGGCUCCCCCAGGGCCACACCCACGACGCCUGCUGCUCAGUGGACCCCCACAGGUUAGAGACCAUACAGAUAUUAAUAUAUCACCUCAUAUCUAUAUCAAUGACAGCCCCUCUCCUGUGCAAGUCAUCCGCCGUAGUCUAGACUGCAUGCUGAUAUGGAUUUUUCUAUCAUAUCCCUCCCAUACGGAUACAGAGAUAACUAUCAGUCUUCCACCACCAUGUGCAAGAGAAUAUCGGCCUAGUUGUCUGGUCGUAAGAGGCAAUUGUGUAUAAUUAUGGUAGUUGAAUGUAUGCCUAAGAUUGAGUGUUGAUGGCUGCAUGCAAUGUCAGAGUGUCAGUGGUACCAACCAGAUAGGUAAGUCCAUUUACCAUAGCAGCACCCACCCGUAGUCUGCGCUCCAGCAGGUAUAUCUCACUGGUCAUCCCCAAAGCCAACACCUCCUUUGGCCGCCAUUCCUUCCAGUUCUCUGCUGCCAAUGACUGGAACGAAUUGCAAAAAUCUCUGAAGCUGGAGACUUAUCUCCCUCACUAACUUUAAGCAUCAGUUGUCAGAGCACCUUACCGAUCACUGCACCUGUACACAGUCCAUCUGAAAUUAGCCCACCCAACUACCUCAUCCCUAUAUUGUAUUUAUUUUGCUCUUUUGCACCCCAGUAUCUCUAUUUGCACAUAAUCUCUUGCACAUCUAUCAUUCCAGUGUUAAUACUAAUUGUAAUUAUUUUUGCACUAUAGCCUAUUUAUUGCCUUACCUCCAUUACUUGCUACAUUUGAACACACUGUAUAUAUAUAUAUAUUCUGUUGUAUUUUUGACUUUAUGUUUUGUUUUACCCCAUAUGUAACUCUGUGUUGUUGUUUUUAUCGCACUGCUUUGCUUUAUCUUGGCCAGGUCGCAGUUGUAAAUGAGAACUUGUUCUCAACUGGCUUACCUGGUUAAAUAAAGGUGAAAUAAAUAAUAAAUAAUAAAAAAAACUCUGUUCUCUGUAAUAGGUGGGGAAGACCGGUGCCUACCUGCAGUUUCUACGCAUCCUGUUCCGCAUGUUGAUUAGACUGCUGGAGGUGGAUGUGUACGAUGAAGAGGAGCUGGAGGAAAGUGAGGAGAGCUGGAUUUUCUGUUUUAUCUAUCUAUCUCUGUCUUUAUCUGUGUUUCUCUCUCUCUCUCUCCUCUCUCUCUCUCUCUCUCUCUCUCUCUCUCUCUCUCUCUCGCUCGUCUCUCUUCUCUCUCUCUCUCUCUCUCUCUCUCUCUCUCUCUCUCUCUCUCUCUCUCUCUCUCUCUCUCUCUCUCUCUCUGAUACUGUCUGAGUCUAGGAACUGAAGCUGAUGUCAAUGUUUGUUGAUGUAUCAUUCUCUUCCUCUUCUAGCGAUCACGGACAUCGCCAAGGCCACACCCCCAGCCAUGACCCAGUGGCCAGACAUCGAGGAGAUCCGCAAACUGCCCUUCGACCUCUUCCCCAGAGACCCUAAGUUCAGAAGGGCCAGUUCCGUUUACACUGACAAGAUGCCAAAGGGCUUGAAAGGUCAGCAGAAAUAAACUCUUAUUCAUGUCCCACGUCCCUGUCGUUGUAGGAGGAAGCUGCCCUGAUUCACUGAUUCAGGGUCAGAUAUGAGUGGACCCCAUUAAUAGGUUGAGUUGAGGAUCUGUGUUUAAGGGCAACUUCUACCUAAGUGUGCAAUGUAUAUUGAUUUGUUAUCUGUGUGUAUCUUAAACUGCUUUGUCGCUUAGCAUGUGGGUGUAACUGUAAUGUUUGUCAAUGCAGAUCCUAUACUGGAAGGAGAGAGCCAAAUGCCUGUAAAGAGGGAGACUGUGUCGAUCCGGCUGAGUAUGUUCGCGGCUCACAAUGCAUUUCACCAUUGUGAGCAGUGUCACCAUUAUCGUGAAGGAAGCCCUGCCACACAGGUCAGUACAUAGGGAGGGAACUGAGCCAUACUGUAUAUUUAUAUAAAGAUGGCUCUGGGAGGGAAGAGGUAGUUUGUCAUUGUGAAGAUAUUAUUUGUCUCAUGGGAGAACUUGAUUUAUUGGCGUAACGAACAGAACACCUGUGUCAACUAUUGCUGUGUUGUGUGUUCUCAACAGCACCCCCCUUCCCUCUUUUGUGGUGUGGAGUGGUGUGCUGGGUGGUGUGCUGAGUGGUGUGCUGGGUGGUGUGCUGGGUGGUGUGCUGGGUGGUGUGCUGAGUGGUGUGCUGGGUGGUGUGCUGAGUGGUGUGCUGGGUGGUGUGCUGGGUGGUGUGCUGAGUGGUGUGCUGGGUGGUGUGCUGGGUGGUGUGCUGGGUGGUGUGCUGAGUGGUGUGGAGUGGUGUGGAGUGGUGUGCUGAGUGGUGUGCUGGGUGGUGUGCUGGGUGGUGUGCUGAGGUGGUGUGCUGGGUGGUGUGCUGGGUGGUGUGCUGAGUGGUGUGCUGGGUGGUGUGCUGGGUGGUGUGCUGAGUGGUGUGCUGAGUGGUGUGCUGGGUUGUGUGCUGGGUGGUGUCCUGAGUGGUGUGCUGGGUGGUGUGGAGUGGUGUGCUGAGUGGUGAGGAGUGGUGUGCUGGGUGGUGGAGCUCUGACUGUGCUGGAAGUGUACAGGAUGUGUAACAAUGUGUGUUGAUGUGUUUGUGUUCAGCUGUCGGAGUGCACCUUCCACGCUUUCCCGUUCUGCUCGUCCAUGCUGGGAGAGGUGCAGCUCCACUUCAUCAUCCCCAAGGCCAAGGAGCAGCACUUUAUCUUCAGCCAGCAGGGCAGCCACCUGGAGAGCAUGAGGUUGCCCCUCGUCUCUGCUAAGGUAAAGGGUGAUGAGGAAAAUCUUGAGUCUGCCCUCAAGUUCUAAGAAUGUUGUUCCCAAGAUGAGUAUGAAUAGUGGCAAGGAAUGUUCUCUCCCUUCAGCUUCUAUAAUCAGUAGUGCAUGCUAUGUGAUAAAAUGAAACAGUGCCAUAACCAACAUAUAAGCAACACAUAAGCAACACAUACAGUAAGCAACACAUAAAGUAAGCAACACAUAAGCAACACAGACACUCACGUCAUUAUGUUACAAGGAGUUGCCACAUGUCACACAUAGAGCGAACUAUGCACUAAUGUAUCUCUCCUUCUCUCACUUUAGUUGUUGGCUAGAGCCCUGGGCCCUAGUCUAGUGGAAGCAGCCUGAUCUCAUGAUAGCUCAGCUCAGCAGUCAGUCUGCUUGACCAGGCUACCUGGGCCCUAGCCAGCUGCACUAUGCAACUUUAACUAUAUCUCUACUUCCUCUCCCCAGGACCCCAGUCUGUUGAAGAGCCCCAUCUUCACCCCGACCACGGGGCGUCAGGAGCACGGCCUUCUCAACAUUUUCCACGCCAUGGAGGGCACUGCCCACCUCCACAUCCUGGUGGUCAAGGAGUACGAGAUGCAACACUACAGGAAAAAAUGGCCCAACCACAUCCUGCUGGUGCUGCCAGCCAUGUUGAACAGCGCCGGAGUCGGUGAGUGUCUGGGCUCCGGUGUGAAGUUUCCCUUAGGUACAGUUCUAGGAUCAGCUUCCCCUCCCACAAUCCUAACCUUAACCAUUAGUGGGAAAAAUACAAAACUGACCCAAGAUCAGCGUCUUGGGGAAACCUCACCCUACUCCGAGUGUCUGGCAAUCAGUCAUUUAGAUAGUUCCUCUCAUUUCAUUGGUCUAGUUCUGUGAUCCUUGAUUGGAGAGUAGCAGUGCUACAGGUUUUUCGUCCCAUCAUAGUGCUCAAUAAGGUGUUUCACUGCUGAGUGGUAGCAUUGAGGACCAUAGUCAUUUGUGAUAGAACACUCAAAAUUCAAAAGGCACUCACACAUCUGAGCUAUCUUUGUUGCAGGUGCAUGGUAACAAUUGAAUAAAAUGAGAAAAAAUAAGAAACCUGCACACUGCUCUUGCUAGUAUCACUGCUCUUUAUUAAGCUUUACGUAUCGGCCACAAGGCCUUCGUCAAAGCUCUUAUUUUUUCUGAUAGAACACUCAACAAAGAAAUCAUAGAGUUGCCUUGUGUUGUAUAAACUAUAUUUAGGCAUUACUUUAUUUAUAACCUAAUGUAUUUUACACUUUUAGUUUGCCCAGUAGCUUAUCUCUCUCUGCUGAUAGUGAUGCAUUUAUGGCAGUCAGUGUGAACUUCAAGAGACAUACUGUAUUUGCCAUCGGUUAAGUAAAGCUGUAGUCGGUAGGUGAGAGUUAAAUAUUACAGUAACCAAUAGGGAAGGGCCUGGUCAAUGAAAACACAAGCAGGCCAGUAGUCUGAUAUAUGGAUCCACCAAUCAGGUGUGUAGUCUUUAUGGUUGUACCAAUAGUGUUGCAGCACUACAGGUACGUGGCACGUGCAGCAAUAGGGGCAUUAGGUAAAGGGUGAAAAAACUGGACAGUUCAGCAGGUGAGAGGACCAAUAAAGUAAUCAUUUGAAUUCAGGUCAAAGCUACUGUGUUCAGACUGUCGUUUGAGUUAGAGCCUUAGAGUUGUAGUUGGAGCUCUGUGGUAGAGCUCUUUGGUUAGCGGUUGGCAAAUAUUUUUCUGCUGUGUUCAUACAAUUUGUGACUAUGACCCACAUAAAUCUGUUGGAAUUGACCUUGGUGAUAACCAGAGUUCAGGCCUUUUCCUAGUCAAGUCAUAAAAAGGAAUCAGUGAGUCUCCACCAUCAUCAUAUACAGUUGAAGUCAGAGGUUUACAUACACUUAGGUCAUUACAACUCGUUUUUCAACCACUCCACACAUUUCUUGUUAACAAACUAUAGUUUUGGCAAGUCGGUUAGGACAUCUACUUUGUGCAUGACACAAGUAAUUUUUCCAACAAUUGUUUACAGAUAGAUUAUUUCACUUAUAAUUCACUGUAUCACAAUUCCAGUGGGUCAGAAGUUUACAUACACUAAGUUGACUGUGCCUUUAAACAGCUUGGAAAAUUCCAGAAAAUGAUGUCAUGGCAUUAGAAGCUUCUGAUAGGCUAAUUGACAUCAUUUGAGUCAAUUGGAGGUGUACCUGUGGAUGUAUUUCAAGGCCUACCUUCAAACUCUUUGCUUGACAUCAUGGGAAAAUCAAAAGAAAUCAGCCAAGACAUCAGAAAAAAAUUUGUAGACCUCCACAAGUCUGAUUCAUCCUUGGGAGCAAUUUCCAAACGCCUGAAGGUACCAUGUUCAUCUGUACAAACAAUAGUACGCAAGUAUAAACACCAUGGGACCACGCAGCUGUCAUACCGCUCAGAAAGGAGACGCGUUCUGUCUCCUAGAGAUGAACGUACUUUGGUGCGAAAAGUGCAAAUCAGUCCCAGAACAACAGCAAAGGACCUUGUGAAGAUGCUGGAGGAAACAGGUACAAAAGUAUCUAUAUCCACAGUAAAACUAGUCCUAUAUCGACAUAACCUGAAAGGCCGCUCAGCAAGGAAGAAGCCACUGCUCCAAAACCGCCAUAGAAAAGCCAGACUACACUCAACAGUGCACGGGGACAAAGAUCGUACUUUUUGGAGAAAUGUCCUCUGGUCUGAUGAAACAAAAAAUAGAACUGUUUGGCCAUAAUGACCAUCGUUUUGUUUGGAGGAAAAAGGGGAUGGCUUGCAAGCCGAAGAACACCAUCCCAACCGUGAAGCACGGGGGUGGCAGCAUCAUGCUGUGGGGGUGCUUUGCUGCAGGAGGGACUGGUGCACUUCACAAAAUAGAUGGCAUCAUGAGGAAGGAAAAUUAUGUGGAUCUAUUGAAGCAACAUCUCAAGACAUCAGUCAGGAAGUUAAAGCUUGGUCACAAAUGGGUCUUCCAAAUGGACAAUGACCCCAAGCAUACUUCCAAAGUUGUGGCAAAAUGGCUUAAGGACAACAAAGUCAAGCUAUUGGAGUGGCCAUCACAAAGCCCUGACCUCAAUCCUAUAGAAAAUGUGUGGGCAGAACUGAAAAAGCGUGUGCGAGCAAGAAGGCCUACAAACCUGACUCAGUUACACCAGCUCUGUCAGAAGGAAUGGACCAAAAUUCACCCAACUUAUUGUGGGAAGCUUGUGGAAGGCUACCCAAAACGUUUGACCCAAGUUAAACAAUUGAAAGGCAAUGCUACCAAAUACUGAUUGAGUGUAUGUAAACUUCUGACCAACUGGGAAUGUGAUGAAAGAAAUAAAAGCUGAAAUAAAUAAUUCUCUCUACUAUUAUUCUGACAUUUAACAUUCUUAGAAUAAAGUAGUGAUCCUAACUGACUUAAGACAGGGAAUUUUUACUAGGAAUUAAAUGUCAGGAAUUGUGAAAAACUGAGUUUAAAUGUACAGUGGGGAAAAAAAGUAUUUAGUCAGCCACCAAUUGUGCAAGUUCUCCCACUUAAAAAGAUGAGAGAGGCCUGUAAUUUUCAUCAUAGGUACACAUCAACUAUGACAGACAAAUUGAGAAAAUAAAAUCCAGAAAAUCACAUUGUAGGAUUUUUAAUGAAUUUAUUUGCAAAUUAUGGUGGAAAAUAAGUAUUUGGUCACCUACAAACAAGCAAGAUUUCUGGCUCUCACAGACCUGUAACUUCUUCUUUAAGAGGCUCCUCUGUCCUCCACUCGUUACCUGUAUUAAUGGCACCUGUUUGAACUUGUUAUCAGUAUAAAAGACACCUGUCCACAACCUCAAACAGUCACACUCCAAACUCCACUAUGGCCAAGACCAAAGAGCUGUCAAAGGACACCAGAAACAAAAUUGUAGACCUGCACCAGGCUGGGAAGACUGAAUCUGCAAUAGGUAAGCAGCUUGGUUUGAAGAAAUCAACUGUGGGAGCAAUUAUUAGGAAAUGGAAGACAUACAAGACCACUGAUAAUCUCCCUCGAUCUGGGGCUCCACGCAAGAUCUCACCCCUUGGGGUCAAAAUGAUCACAAGAACGGUGAGCAAAAAUCCCAGAACCACACGGGGGGACCUAGUGAAUGACCUGCAGAGAGCUGGGACCAAAGUAACAAAGCCUACCAUCAGUAACACACUACGCCGCCAGGUACUCAAAUCCUGCAGUGCCAGACGUGUCCCCCUGCUUACGCCAGUACAUGUCCAGGCCCGUCUGAAGUUUGCUAGAGUGCAUUUGGAUGAUCCAGAAGAGGAUUGGGAGAAUGUCAUAUGGUCAGAUGAAACCAAAAUAGAACUUUUUGGUAAAAAAUAAACUCGUCGUGUUUGGAGGACAAAGAAUGCUGAGUUGCAUCCAAAGAACACCAUACCUACUGUGAAGCAUGGGGGUGGAAACAUCAUGCUUUGGGGCUGUUUUUCUGCAAAGGGACCAGGACGACUGAUCCGUGUAAAGGAAAGAAUGAAUGGGGCCAUGUAUCGUGAGAUUUUGAGUGAAAACCUCCUUCCAUCAGCAAGGGCAUUGAAGAUGAAACGUGGCUGGGUCUUUCAGCAUGACAAUGAUCCCAAACACACCGCCCGGGCAACGAAGGAGUGGCUUCGUAAGAAGCAUUUCAAGGUCCUGGAGUGGCCUAGCCAGUCUCCAGAUCUCAACCCCAUAGAAAAUCUUUGGAGGGAGUUGAAAGUCCGUGUUGCCCAGCAACAGCCCCAAAACAUCACUGCUCUAGAGGAGAUCUGCAUGGAGGAAUGGGCCAAAAUACCAGCAACAGUGUGUGAAAACCUUGUGAAGGCUUACAGAAAACGUUUGACCUGUGUCAUUGCCAACAAAGGGUAUAUAACAAAGUAUUGAGAAACUUUUGUUAUUGACCAAAUACUUAUUUUCCACCAUAAUUUGCAAAUAGAUUCAUUAAAAAUCCUACAAUGGGAUUUUUUGGAUUUUUUUUCUCAUUUUGUCUGUAAUAGUUGACGUGUACCUAUGAUGAAAAUUACAGGCCUCUCUCAUCUUUUUAAGUGGGAGAACUUGCACAAUUGGUGGCUGACUAAAUACUUUUUUCCCCCACUGUAUUUGGCUAAGGUGUAUGUAAACUUCCGACUUCAACUGUAUAUCAUUAUGGUCAGAGCCCUGGUCAAAAGUAGUGCACUAUAUUGAGAAUAGAGUGCCAUUUGGAACGUACCCACUGUCAGUAACAUAGCUGUAACAUUAUUGUUGUCUCUGUCCCAGGGGCGGCUCGGUCGAUGAUCAAGGAGCUGUCAUACCACAACUUGGAGCUGGAGAGGCACCGUCUGGAGGAGCAGGGGGUCAAGAAGCAGGACGUCUGGCCCUUCAUAGUCAUGAUGAACGACUCCUGUGUGCUCUGGAACGCACACCAACCCCAGUACAACAGCAGGUACAGUUUCAAACUUUAAACUGGCAUGCACACGCACAUACGCACGCAAGCAAACAAGCAUAUCCUCCUGUGUGGCUCAGUUGGUAAAGCAUGGCGCUUGCAACCAGUAUGAUAAAAGUACCAAAAUGUAUGCACUCACUGCUGUAAGUUGCUCUGGAUAAGAGCGUCUUCUAACUGGCUAAAAUGAAGAAUAUCUUUUUAUAUAUAUAUAUAUACACAAAAACACCCAGAUUAUUGGCUCAUGAAUAUCGAUCUGCAAUGAAUUCUCAGAAAUAACCAUCAUUUAUCUGGACUACUCUAUCAACACCCUUACUAAUAUCUGUCUACCCCCUCUUCCCUCUCUCUCGCAGUGAUAUGGCAAACACAAGGUCCAGUCUGACCAACGUGUCUAUGAAGACGGUGCUGCAGCACAUCGAGGCUACUCCUAAGAUCUCCCUGUACACCAUGUGUGGCAUCCGCAAGUGGAGCAGCGCCCUGGCCCGCCGCCUGCCUGCCCUGCCCUUUUCCCGAUGCCACCUCCAUGACUUUGUCAUACUCAACGUGGACCUGACACAGAACGUCCAGUACGACCUCAACAGGUACAGCUGUGAGGAGGUGGACUUCAACCUGAGAGCCAACAGCAGUGGUCUGCUGCUCUGUCGUUUCAACCACUUCAGCCUGAUGAAGAAACACAUUCCCUUUGGAGGACACAAGGACUUCCUGGUCAAACCCAAACUCAUGGUGGGUUUUCUGCUCCUACUUUUUCUACCACAUCCUUCUUUUUAACCUUUUUUUAUAUAGUAUAGUGUGUUUCUGUGUGCCUGAAUAUGUCUGAAACCCAGUCAGUCACCCUAAACCCCACCCUGCUCCCCCUCUAGGUGAUGGAGGAACCCAGCCCCCAUCAGCCCGUACCAGUAUGUCUGUGCCCCAGACAGUGAACACACCCUCCUGGCUGCCCCGGCUCAGUUCCUCCUAGAGAAGUUCCUCCAAAGCUGCAGCCACAGACUGUUCCCCAAGGCAGUACAGAACAGCAGCAACCCUGUGCUGUCCAUAGACAGUUUCCUCAACAUAGGCCCAGAGGUAAGAUCCAUAGACAGUUGCCUGAACAUAGGCUCUGAGGUAAGACGUAGACAGCUACCUCAACAUAGGCCCUGAAGUAAGAUCCAUAGACAGCUACCUUAACAUAGGCCCUGAAGUAAGAUCCAUAGACAGCUACCUCAAAUAGGCCCUGAAGUAAGAUCCAUAGCCACUACCAGCACUCAACAUAGGCCCUGAGAAGAUCCAUAGACAGCUACCUCAACUAGGCCCUGAGUAGAUCCCUAGACAGUAUCCUCACAUAGUGCCGCCUGAGUAAGAUCCAUAGACAGCUACUCAACAUAGGCCCUGAAGUAAGAUCCAUAGACAGCUACCUCAACAUAGGCCCUGAAGUAAGAUCCAUAGACAGUUUACCUCAACAUAGGCCCUGAAGAAUCCAUAGACAGCUACCUUAACAUAGGCCCUGAAGUAAGAUCCAUAGACAGCUACCUCAACAUAGGCCCUGAAGUAAGAUCCAUAGACAGCUACCUCAACAUAGGCCCUGAAGUAAGAUCCAUAGACAGCUACCUCAACAUAGGCCCUGAAGUAAGAUCCAUAGACAGCUACCUCAACAUAGGCCCUGAAGUAAGAUCCAUAGACAGCUACCUCAACAUAGGCCCUGAAGUAAGAUCCAUAGACAGCUACCUCAACAUAGGCCCUGAAGUAAGAUCCAUAGACAGCUACCUCAACAUAGGCCCUGAAGUAAGAUCCAUAGACAGCUACCUCAAAAAACACCUAGAUUGUGUGCCCCCCCCCCCCCCCCCCCCCCCUCGCAAUGCGGGGGGGGGGGGCACACAAUCUUUGGGUUGGUGUCCCUCCGGAGGUCGGGGGCCCCCAGAUAGCAUGUGAACAAGUCAUAAGCCAUGACAUUUUUUUUUAGAAUUAUAAGAAUUUAGCUUUAAAACUGCAACAUUUUAUUUUAGCCUCAUGGCAAAAUGUGCAGGAUAGCAGGAAAUUACCUCAGGGAUUCUUGAAAGUCAGGACAAUCCUUGUCCGGCAGGGAAACUGUAUUUUUAUAGUAAAAAGGGGAAAGAUUUGUUUUUAGAAUUUUCAAAAUACUGUACUUUCAAUAUUAAAAAUGUCCAUAUUGCUCUAUGCCUGGAAAUGCCCUUCUGGAGCAAAGGAUCCCAAUUUCAAACUUACCAAAAAAGUGUUUACAAUUCUAAAAACGGGCAAUAAUGGAUAUUAACUGAAAAAUUAUAAUAUGUAGUUUCUUGCAAUAGCCUUCUGUGACUUUAAAGAAUAUUUAUCUACAAACUUAGAUUCCUAAAAGAUGUGUCUGGAGAUUUGGUCAACUCUGUCAGAUUUGUCUAAAAUCCAAAAUGUAUCAGGAAUGAGAAGGGACAGCUAUCCCUUAUUCAUGUCCUCAUUACAACAAGACCACUCAUGGUCUGUAAAGUUCUCUACUUUUGUGUCCAGUCCGUUCUCUCAAACGCUAUAUGCAAGCCUCGGAGCACUACAGGAAGUCAGACCAGCUGUUUCUGUGCUUCACUGGGAAGUAAAAUGGCCUUGCAUUGUCCAAGCAGAAGCUUUCUCACUGAGUUGUGGAUGUCAUCGCUCAGGCCUACAAGGAUAUAGGGCUCCCUGUCCCAAACGGUGUGAUAUGUCACUCGACCAGAAGUGUCGCCACAUCCUGGGCUGCACUGAGAGGCGUCCGCCUGAAUGAAAUAUGUGCAGCUGCUACCUGGUCGUCGCCCUGCACGUUCUCAAGAUUAUACAAGGUCAACGUCGCAUCCUGCCACACCAUGGGGUCUGCCAUUCUUCCAGUGGCACAGGCUCAUUAAUCAGAGGUUAGUAGUGCUAUUCCUCGCGACCUUGUUGGUAUAAGUACUGAUGGUCUUCCAGGUAUUUGUAGAACCAUAGUUACAUUCGUAACUUCCUUUCAGACCGUACAAAUAACUAUGUAACUAUGGUUCUACAAAUAACUGGAAGACCGUCAGUACUUUCCUGUCACUCAAAAUCUUUGGCCGAGAAGAUUCAGUGCGUGGUCUGACUUACGGUUUUAUAUGAACCGUGGGGGCACGUCCUCCCACUGUCACGUCACCGACGUGACUUUCUUGAUAUUAUUACUCAACAUGCGCGGCGCUCGAGGGAUAUAAUCCAUACUUUCAACCGUACUGACGGUCUUCCAGGUAUUCGUAGAACCAUAGUUACAUUCGUAACUUCCAUUUUUCAGGAUAAAAAAGAAACAGAAUGGAGCUAGCACAGGCAAAAUCCUAGAGGAAAACCUUGUUCAGUCUGCUUUUAACCAGACACUGGAAGAUUAAUUCACGUUUCAGCAGGAUAAUAACCUAAACUCUACACUGGAGCUGCUUACCAAGAAGACAGUGAAUGUUCUUGAGUGGCCGAGUUACAGUUUGGACUUAAAUCUACUUGAAAAUCUAUGGCAAGACUUGAAAAUGGUUGUCUAGCAAUGGUCAACAACCAAUUUGACAGAGCUUGAAGAAUUUUUAAAAGAAUAAUGGGCAAAUGUUUCACAAUCCAGGUGUGGAAAGCUCUUAGAGACUUACCCAGAAAGACUCACAGCUGUAAUCGCUGCCAACGGUGCUUCUACAAAGUAUUGACCCAUGGGGCGGCGCACAAUUGGCCCAGCGUCGUCCAGGGUAUGGGAGGGAAUGGCCGGCAGGGAUGUAGCUCAGUUGGUAGAGCAUGGCGUUUGCAACGCCAGGGUUGUGGGUUCGAUUCCCACGGGGGGCCAGUAUGAAAAAAAAAUACAACAAAUAAAAAAAUAAAAAAAGAAUGUACAAAAAUAAAUAAUGUAUGCACUCACUAACUGUAAGUCGCUCUGGAUAAGAGCGUCUGCUAAAUUACUAAAAUGUAAAUGUAAAAUGGGUGUGAAUAUUUAUGUAAAUGAAUUAUUUCUGUAUUUUAUUAUUAAAUACAUUUGCAAAAAUGUCAAAAAACAUGUUUUUACUUACUUUGUCAUUAUGGGGUAUUGUGUGUAGAUGGGUGAGACAAAAACUAUAUUUAAUCAAUUUUGAAUUCAGGCUGUAACACAACAAAAUGUGGAAUAAGUCGAGGGGUAUGAAUACUUUCUGAAGGCACUGUAAUGUGCAAAUGUUGCACAGUCCAGGUGUGGAAAGCUCUUAGAGACUUACCUAGAAAGAUUCACAGCUAUAAGUGCUGCCAAAGGUGAUUCUAUCAUGUAGAACAUGUAAGGGGUAUGAAUACUUUCUGAAGGCCAACUCGUGUCCAACUCGUGCAUUGAUGCAAAGGUCCUAAACGAUAUUAUAACCGCGAUCGAUAAUAGACAGUACUGUGCAGCCGUCUUCAUCGACCUGGCCAAGGCUUUCGACUCUGUCAACCACUGCAUUCUUAUUGGCAGACUAAAUAGCCUUGGUUUCUCAAAUGACUGCCUCGACUGGUUCACCAACUACUUCUCAGAUAGAGUUCAAUGUGUCAAAUCGGAGGGCCUGUUGUCUGGUCCUAUGGCAGUCUCUAUGGGGGUGCCACAGGGUUCAAUUCUUGGGCCGACUCUUUCCUCCGUGUAUAUCAAUGAUGUCGCUCUUGCUGCUGGUGACUCUCAGAUCCACCUCUACGCAGACGACACCAUUUUGUAUACAUCUGGCCCUUCAUUGGACACUGUGUUAACAAACCUCCAAACGAGCUUCAAUGCCAUACAACACUCCUUCAGUAGCCUCCAACUGCUCUUAAACACUAGUAAAACUAAAUGCAUGCUCUUCAAUCGAACGCUGCUGGCACCCGCCCACCCGACUAGAAUCACUACUCUCGACAGGUCUGACCUAGAGUAUGUGGACAACUACAAAUACCUAGGUGUCUGGUUAGACUGUAAACUCUCCUUCCAGACUCACAUUAAGAAUCUCCAAUCCAAAGUUAAAUCCAGAAUCAGCUUCCUAUUUCGCAACAAAGCCUCCUUCACUCAUGCUGCCAAACAUGCCCUCGUAAAACGGACUAUCCUACCGAUCCUUGACUUCGGCGAUGUCAUUUACAAAAUAGCCUCCAACACUCUACUCAGUAAAUUGGAUGUAGUCUAUCACAGUGCCAUCCGUUUUGUCUCCAAAGCCCCAUACACUACCCACCACUGUGACCUGUACGCUCUUGUUGGCUGGUCCUCAUUACAUGUUCGUUGUCAAACCCACUGGCUCCAGGCCAUCUAUAAAUCACUGCUAGGCAAAUCCCUGCCUUAUCUUAGCUCAUUGGUCACCAUAGCAACACCCACCCGUAGUAUGCGCUCCAGCAGGUAUAUCUCACUGGUCAUCCCCAAAGCCAACACCUCCUUUGGCCGCCAUUCCUUCCAGUUCUCUGCUGCCAAUGACUGGAACGAAUUGCAAAAAUCUCUGAAGCUGGAGACUCUUAUCUCCCUCACUAACUUUAAGCAUCAGUUGUCAGAGCACCUUACCGAUCACUGCACCUGUACACAGCCCAUCUGAAAUUAGCCCACCCAACUACCUCAUCCCUAUAUUGUUAUUUAUUUUGCUCAUUUGCACCCCAGUAUCUCUAUUUGCACAUAAUCUCUUGCACUUCUAUCAUUCCAGUGUUAAUACUAAUUGUAAUUAUUUUGCACUAUAGCCUAUUUAUUGCCUUACCUCCAUAACUUGCUACAUUUGCACACACUGUAUAUAUAUGUUCUGUUGUAUUUUUUGACUUUAUGUUUUGUUUUACCCCAUAUGUAACUCUGUGUUGUUGUUUUUAUCGCACUGCUUUGCUUCAUCUUGGCCAGGUCACAGUUGUAAAUGAGAACUUGUUCUCAACUGGCUUACCUGGUUAAAUAAAGGUGAAAUAAAAAUUAAAUAAAUUGAUUUCUGCUAAAUACUUUUAUUGUAAAAUAUUUAAGUCAACCACAGGUUUUAAGAAUUUAACGUAUAGAAUUUGGACAAAUGGAAUGAUUCCAUGUUCCCAUGAUAAAACAUAAUGAAUGAGAUGGUGGAGAUGUGACUGUGCUUUCUGCAUCCACAGGUGUCAGUGUGCUAUGUCAGCUCCAGACCACACUCCUCUAACCUGGACCACCAGGAUCUGGUCUUCAGCGGCCUUCUGCUCUACCUGUGUGACUCCUUCGUCAUCUCUGGCCUCCUCAAGAAGUUUCGCUUUCUCAAAGGUAACUAAUACUAUUUCAAUGUUGUGUUUUUUUGCCCUUAUGUAAAGUUAAGAGUAACCUCAUCCAGAGUUUCGGAACCAUGAAAGGUUUGACCAAUGUAAUGUCUGUGAGGCCUAGGGCUAUUAAUCUUCAAUUAAAUUCGCUCGAUCAUUACCACCUUUCUGACUGGUUCUCUGACCUCUGAUUAUAAUGUUUUCCAAUAUAUACAUCCAAAAUGACAUAUACUGUAUAAUGAACCAUACAGCAAUACACAUAUAUACAGUAGGAAAACAAUAGCACCUUUCUGAUUUGUUCCCUGACCUAUGACCUCUGACCCCUCACCCCUGACCCUGUCCCUAGGUGCUACGUUGUGUGUGAUCUGCGGGGACCGUAACUCUCUGCGUCAGACCAUCGUGCGGCUGGAGCUGGAGGACGAGUGGCAGUUCCGCCUGAGGGAUGAGUUCCAGACGGCCAACUGCAGCGAGGACCGGCCCCUCUACUUCCUCACCGGACGCCAUGUUUAA